UGCUUAAGCCGGUUACGUAGUUUGGUUUUAUAUUUCCGUGUUCAAGUUAUAAGCUGGAGUUCUUAGUUUUUUCCCUUGUUUUGAGAGAAACUUCAAGUAAACUGCUAUUUCUACUGACACAACAUUUAACUCCUGGUGAUUGUUCUGGUUGGAUGGGAGAAGACUGUGGGUCCUGGUUUCCUCUGCAGCAAUUUGAUUGGCAAUCACCCAAAUUGAAUACUUUGGCUGCUCCACAUCCUUUGGGGCAGCAAAGUACUAAUCCUCAAUUCAUAAACUUUGGCACUAAUAUGGUCUCUGCUAACGGGACUUUGCCGGUUUAUGGAUGUCGUGAUUUAUCUCACUUGCGGGUUGGCCAAGUUAAUGAGUCCCAUGGUUGGUGUUACUGUUUACCCCGCUCCCAACAGUUAUUUGCACCUGCAUCAAACACUUUCUUGAAAGAGCGAUUCCCACAUAACCCUCAUGGGAAUGGUACGGAAAACAUUGCUCCCAAGGCAGGGGCCGGGUGUGCUCAGAAGAGAUUCUUUGUUUUUUACCAAUCUGGUGGUCAAACUACAGUAAUGCUUAGUUCUGCUUUUGGGACUUCUAUCAAGUGCGGUUCUUUGGGUCCCAAAUUACCUUUUGCUUGUAACUUGAGUAGGGAGGAUCCCUUGGCUAAAGUGAGCCUGGAUCUUCACAGUGGACCAACAUUUAAAGGUGUUUUUGACGAAAAUAGGACUGAUGUGCAAAGUGAAAUGCGUGAGGACACUGAAGAACUCAAUGCCUUGCUUUACUCUGAUGAAGAUAGUGAUUAUACCGAGGAUGAAGAAGUUACAAGCACGGGUCACUCUCCUAGCAUUAUGACAGCUUACCAUGAGCAAUCUGAGGGAGGCGCUGAAGGGGUUGCUAGCUUGACUGGUCUAACCAAAAAGCGAAAACUGAUCGAUGUCAGUAAUGGUUAUAUGCAAUUCCCUGUGGACAAUUUUAGUUCCCUGAAUCAUAAUAGAUGUUACGAGCAUGAGGAUGAUGCUGAUUCCAGUUUUGCCAAUGGCCAAAAUCCAGGAUCCGAUGGUAUGGAUUUGUCUUCAUGCAACAAGAGAAUGAGAGUGGAUAAAAUUCAUGAGACUGUGAGCGUAUUAAGAAGCUUAAUUCCAGGUGUUGAGGGCAAGGAUGCUAUUAUGGUUCUUGAUGAAGCCGUUGAUUACUUAAAAUCCCUGAAACGGAGAGCUGAAACCUCGGGACGUGGUACUCUAUGAGUUGCCACUGCUCAUUUUAGUAGUGUUAGUGUAUAACAUCCGUCAUAAUUAGUCGUCGGUAAUGGAGCGAGCUAAAAUAAAUGAAGUUUACGCAGUUGUGCUUGGAGAUGCGUGCAUUACACAUGAUCCGGAGCCUACCAACUCAAACUCAAGUUCCAUUGCGUCUUUUCUCGAGUGAUUUGAGCUGGAAAUCAGUACCAUUUGGCUUGAAAUCUCUGUGUAUCUCGAGAAAGCGUGACGGUGAAUGAUUGUGAAUCGUUAUUAGUCUUGGGGUUUAGAGAAAGUACCAAACACACUCACAGGUCGGCAUGAGAAGAUUGGUUAAUGGAGGGACCCUCAUAAAGGGUGGGCUAAGUGCACGCCUCUUAGGUGUUUUGGGUCCCAAUCUUCACCCUUUUUGUAUUGUUGUCAAGCUUAAUCCUUGUGGUGGUCGUUUUUUCUUU